UGUUUAGUAUAUGUUUUGUAACGCUUAUUCCUCGAGGAAUAUAUAAUUAGCGUUACAACGCAUAUACUAAAUAUCGCACUAAAGGAGAACGACGCCGGAAGGCUGCCGAAUAUUUUUCUCCGUUGCUAGGCAUAUAUCGUGGCCGAGUUACGGGGCGCCUGUUUUGCGAAUGGGAUAGGGCCCUACCUUUUCAGCAGUCAAUUACAUUGACUUUGCUUAUCUCGAGUGAAAACCCCACCUCUAAUUAUCCGCGCUACAGAAAUGGAGACAGACCGCAGUUGGAUGUACAGGAGCCACACAAACGGGCUGCUAACCACAGGGUAUAAGGAGCAUGUGAAGGAGUUUGUCCGGUUUGCAUUACGGCAUCCGGCUUGUAUGAGUGGGGUACAGAUAAAAUGCCCCUGCCCUAAGAGAGGUUGUCGAAAUACAAGCUAUCGGGAUGUCGAUGAGGUGGAAUUCCAUCUAUUGAAGAAUGGGUUCGUGAAAGGUUACCAAGUAUGGGUUUUUCAUGGCGAAGGGAGCGUUUUGAACCCCCCUCCCCUUUCACAGUUACCAGAGCAGGAUGUUGAGUUCGACUAUGAAGAUGAGGGGCCAGGUGAGUUCAGUUCCGCUCAAAGAAUGAUUCUUGAUGCGGCCGGUCCAGAAAUAACGUUUCCUGAAGAUGAGCUCCCGAAUGCUGAAGCUCAAAAAUUUUAUGAUAUGAUGCGUGCGGCUGAAGAAGACAUAUGGCCUGGGAAUAGCAGACAUUCUCCAUUUUCUGCAUCUGCUAAAGUGAUGGAGAUCAAGUGUCGACAUAAGGGUUCGGUAGCUUUAGUUGACGACGUAUGCGGAUUGAUACAGGAGCUGCUCCCGGAGGACAACAAGAUGCCAACGAAUUUUGCUAAGAUUAAGAAGCUGGUCAAAGGUUUGGGGUUGCCGGUUGAGGUUAUUGAUUGUUGUUUCUAUAACUGUAUGAUUUAUUGGGGGGAGGACGCAGAUCUAACGCACUGCAAAGUUUGUAAUUAUGCGCGGUGGAAACCUGUGACCCAAGGAAAAUCCACAAAAAGAAAGGCUAACGUGCCAUAUAGUAAAAUGUUCUAUUUUCCAAUAACUCCGAGGCUACAGAGGUUGUACGCUUCGAAAGCCACUGCUCGGCAUAUGACCUGGCACGCAGACCACGAGAUGGAGGGUGAUAAGAUGUGCCACCCGUCCGACUCUCCGGCUUGGAAACGUUUUAGUGAACUGCAUUCUGAGUUUGCCGAUGAAGGGAGAAAUAUCAGAUUAGGCUUAUGCUCCGAUGGGUUUCAGCCAUUUACCAAUUUUGGGCAGCAGUAUUCCUCGUGGCCGGUCAUUUUGACGCCGUACAAUCUCCCCCCAGGCAUGUGCAUGAAGGAUGAGUUUAUGUUUUUAACGGUUUUGGUACCGGGGCCUAGAAACCCGAAACACCUAAUGGAUAUCUUCCUACAGCCGCUGAUUGCAGAGUUGAACCAACUGUGGGAAUGUGGAGUCCAGACAUAUGACGUUCAUAAGCGUCAGAAUUUUCAACUAAAAGCGGCUCUUAUGUGGACAAUAAAUGACUUUCCCGCUUAUUCUAUGUUGUCUGGUUGGAGCACUGCUGGUAGAAAAGCAUGCCCGUACUGCAUGGAAAACACUGAUGCAUUCACACUGGAUAAAAGCGGUAAACAAUCGUGGUUUGAUUGCCAUCGCAAGUUUUUGCCUCCGUAUCACCAAUUCCGUCGAAAUGUUACUGAUUUCCGUAAGGGGAAACGAGAGGUCGGCAAAAGGUUUGCAGGGGUGAGAACUGGAGAUGAACUGUUAGCAGAGAUUGAUCGACUGGGGUUUAAGAAGGCAUUUGAGCCUGGUGCAAAAGUUACUAAUGCAUUACUGUCAAAAGAUCAUGGGUGGAAUAAAAAAAGUAUCUUUUGGGAUUUGCCUUAUUGGAGAACGAAUGUAAUACGUCACAAUCUCGAUGUCAUGCACAUUGAGAAAAAUGUCUUCGAUAACAUUUUUAAUACCGUUCUCAAUAUCCCCGGGAAAACAAAAGACCAUGCAAAAUCUCGUGAAGAGUUGAACGACAUCUGUGAUCGGCCAGGGUUAGCUAAAGAUCCGGCAACUGGGCGAUUUCCAAAGGCAAUGUAUGCUUUGGAUAGGGAUUCAAAACGAGUUUUGCUUGAGUGGAUUCAGAAAAUAAAGUUUCCAGACGGGUACGCGUCAAACUUGUCUAGAUGUGUUGAUCUAAAGGGGUUGAAAAUGCAUGGAAUGAAAAGUCAUGACUGCCAUGUUUUUAUGCAACGACUUCUGCCAAUCGCCCUUCGGGAGCUAUUUCCGAAAAACGUGUGGGAGCCUCUAACAGAGUUAAGUAUCUUCUUCAGGGAGUUAACUUCCACGUCACUGUCACAGGAAGAUCUAAACCGUAUGGAAACUGAGAUCCCAAAAAUCCUGUGUAAGUUGGAACGUAUAUUUCCACCCAGCUUUUUUGACUCUAUGGAGCAUCUCCCCGUGCAUCUUCCGUAUGAAGCUAUGAUGGCAGGACCGGUUCAGUAUCGCUGGAUGUAUCCAUUUGAAAGAUAUUUGAGGAAAUUGAAAAAAAAGGUCACUAAUAAAGGCAGGGUGGAAGGGAGCAUUAGUAGUGGAUAUCUGCAAGAAGAAAUCGCUAAAUUUGCAUCCUAUUAUUUUGCCGAAGGUGAUCCGAUGUUACCCGUGCGUUUGGGAAGAAAUGAAACUUGCGAUAUGGAUAUCGAUGACGAUGCCGACAGACUGGGAAUUUUUAAACCUAAGGGAAAGCCGUUGCGUGGUAGCGGUAGGAGAUAUCUUGAAGACGAUGAGAUCAUCGCUGCUCGGACCUAUGUUCUUCUGAAUUGUUCCGAAAUCGAAGAGCAUCGAAAGUAAGCAUUUAAAUAUAGUGUAAUAUUUCACAUAUUUGCUAGAAUUUGAUGUAGUUUGGGCCUCUACCAUUUAAAGGGUUUUUGUAGCCGGGUUGCGCGAAAGGAACAGUGGCAUAAGUGAAACAGAAAUUGAA